UCUGACACGGAAGAAACAAACCGCGGCUGAGUGUGUCAGAAAACAGCCGUUUGUAGAAACAAUCCUGCUCCGCCUUCAUCACCACCACCAUCAUCAUCAUCAUCCGGGGAGCGGAGCAGCACGGGGCUCUUAUCUCAACACAACCGAGUCUGACGGAGAGGCUGACCUGGAGUUUCUGACCCCAAAAGACAAACAUGUCGAGGGAAACAUGAGACAGAGCCGUCAGCGUCAAGUGUGAGAAGAAAACCGCUUCGGGAAGAGAUGUGAAGACCGACAGAAUGACAGUUGACGGGACGAAUAACGACGCAGCGGCACUUUUAGUUGACCGACACCGGGAGCCGUUAGAUGCGUAGUCCGGCUGGCUAGCUAGCCCCCGCGAGUCCGUCGGAAGUUGACUCUGUUCCGGACUACACACCGACACAUCGACCCCUUGGGUGCUCCACACACAGCACAGCCGAACAAACACGGUGGAUUUUUUUUGAGCAGCACAUGGCCUGUAUUCUGCUAACAAACAUGGAUCCACCUCCGUCCAGUCCCACAACACAUUCCAAUGGCCUCCCGCUUGACCUCGACUCAGCCACCGGACUCGACUCUAAGCCGGACUUGGAAGCGACCUGUUUGAGUGUCCACCUUUACUACCUGGGGAACGAUGAAGGAGAAGGUGGGGCCAAGUGUUCAGAAAGUGGGCUCACGUUUCCAGCUGGAGAUUACGUAGCAGAGGAACUGUGCAUCAAAGCAGCUAAAGCAUGUGGCAUCGGUCCAGUUUACUGCAGCUUGUUCGGCCUAAUGAGGGAAAGUGACCGGAUAUGGUUCCCUCCUAACCACAUCUUCAAAGUGAAUCACUCAGCCAAUGAGACCCUGCACUUCAGAAUCAGAUAUUAUUUUCCUGGCUGGUAUAACAGCAGCAAUUCAUCCUACGCCCAUCGCUACGGCUUGUCCAAAGGAAUGGAAAGCCCUGUGAUGGAUGAUUGUGUCAUGGCAUACCAGUUUUCUCAGUGGCGUAGUGACUUUCUGAAUGGCUGGGUUCAUAUUCCAGUGAGCCAUGAGGCCCAGGAGGAGUGCUUGGGCAUGGCUGUGCUGGACAUGAUGAGGCUUGCAAAAGAGAGUGGUCAGUCACCAGUGGACAUCUACAAUGAUAACAGCUACAAGUCUUUCCUGCCGAGAUGCAUGCGAAGCCGCAUCCAAGAGUAUAACAUCUUGACCCGGAAGAGAAUCCGCUACCGCUUCAGGAAGUUCAUCCAGCAGUUCAUCGAAUGCAAGACCACAGUGUCUAACCUCAAGCUCAAAUACCUGAUCAAUCUGGAGACGCUGCUUCCCUGUCUCUACUCUGAGCGCUUCCAAGUCACCAACCUCUCUUCACAAGAGGUUACCAUCGUGGUCAUGGGCAACAAGGGCAUCCAACGGUCAAAAGGGAAACAGGACAAGGGAGCAGAGGAGGAGCUAGAGACGUACUGCGAUUUCCCAGCGGUGAUUGACAUCAGCAUCAAACAGGGCAAUAAGGAAGGCUCAGCAGAGAGUCGCAUAGUCACCCUCACCAGACAGGACAACCAUAUUCUGGAACUGGAGUUUCACUCGCUCUCAGAGGCCCUGUCAUUUGUAUCAUUAGUUGAUGGAUAUUACAGACUGGUCGCAGAUGCACAUCAUUACCUGUGUAAAGAAAUAGCUCCACCAAGACUUCUGGAGUGCAUUCAGAGCUACUGCCAUGGCCCUGUGUCAGUGGAGUUUACAACUGGUAAACUGCAUCGCUCCGGUAACCACCAGGGCCUUUACAUCCUUCGCUGCAGUCCCAGAGACUAUGACAAGUACUUUAUGUCCUUUGUGGUGGGGUAUGAGACUAUGGUGGACUAUAAGCACUGUCAGAUCAUGAAGACGGAUUCAGGAGAGUACAUUCUGAGUGGUGCCAAGAGGAGCUUUGGCUCUCUCAGGGAACUUCUGCAUUGCUACCAAAAGGAAGCGCUCCGUACUGAUGGGUACACGUUUCAGCUCACCAGGUGUUGCCCACCAAGUCCCAAAGAUAAAUCCAACCUGCUGGUGUGUAGAAAUAAUCAAGGGGCAGAAAUUCCUCUGUCUCCUUCACUCCACAAGCACAUCAGCCAGAUGGUCUUCCACAAGAUCCGAAAAGAGGACCUUGUCAUCAAUGACAGUCUGGGCCAAGGAACCUUCACCAAGAUCUUCUGCGGUGUGAGGAAGGAGCUGGGAGACUACGGAGAGGUUCACCAGAUGGACGUCAUUAUUAAGAUUCUGGACAAGGCUCACCGCAGCUAUUCAGAGUCGUUCUUUGAAGCUGCCAGUAUGAUGAGCCAGCUAUCCCACAAGCACUUACUCCUCAACUAUGGCAUUUGUGUUUGCGGUGACGAGAACAUCAUGGUGCAGGAGUAUGGUAAAUUUGGUUCAGUGGACACAUACCUGAAGAAGAACAAAAGCUGUGUGAACAUCACCUGGAAGCUCGAAGUGGCCAAGCAGCUAGCCUGGGCUAUGCACUACCUGGAGGAUAAGAACCUCAUUCAUGGAAAUGUUUGUGCCAAGAAUGUUCUCUUGAUCAGAGAGGAGGAUCGGAAGACGGGCAGCCUGCCCUUCAUCAAGCUGAGUGAUCCUGGUAUCAGCAUCACUGUGCUGCCCAGAGAAGUUUUAGUGGAGCGAAUUCCCUGGGUGCCCCCUGAGUGUAUCGAAAACCCCCAAAAUCUGAGUUUAGCCACAGACAAGUGGGGCUUUGGGACCACCCUAUGGGAGAUCUGCAGCGGUGGAGACAAACCACUCAGCACACUGGAUUGCUCCAAGAAGAAUUUGUUUUACGAGGACAGACAUCAGCUGCCAGCUCCCAAAUGGACAGAACUGGCCAAUCUGAUAAACAGCUGUAUGGACUAUGAGCCUUCACACCGACCCUCAUUCAGGGCAGUUAUCAGAGAUCUCAACAGUCUCUUCACGCCAGACUAUGAGCUGCUGGUGGAGAGCGAUAUGGUGCCCGGGAGGACACGAGGCUUUGGCUUCCCAUGGACUUCUGAGAGCCAGGAGCCCACCCAGUUUGAAGAGAGGCACCUCAUCUUUCUCAAGCAGCUGGGCAAAGGAAACUUCGGCAGUGUGGAGAUGUGCAGGUACGACCCCCUGCAGGACAGCACAGGGGAGGUGGUGGCCGUGAAGAAGCUCCAGCACAGUACAGCUGAGCACCUCCGGGACUUUGAGCGGGAAAUCGAUAUCCUCAAAUCGCUCCAGCAUGAAAACAUUGUCAAAUACAAAGGAGUAUGUUAUAGUGCAGGACGAAGGAACCUCCGGCUCAUCAUGGAAUAUCUCCCCUUCGGCAGCUUGAGAGAUUAUCUCAUCAAACACAAGGACCACUUUGAUUCCAAGAAACUGCUGCACUAUGCGUCACAGAUUUGCAAGGGUAUGGACUACCUUGCCACCAAGCGUUACAUUCACCGAGACCUGGCUACUAGAAACAUUCUGGUGGAGAGUGAGAUGAGAGUAAAGAUUGGUGAUUUUGGCCUGACCAAGGUGCUGCCGCAGGACAAAGAGUACUACACUGUCAAAGAGCCCGGGGAAAGCCCCAUCUUCUGGUAUGCUCCAGAGUCUCUGACAGAGAGUAAGUUCUCUGUGGCAUCAGAUGUUUGGAGUUUUGGUGUCGUCCUCUAUGAGCUCUUCACCUACAGUGACAAGAACUGCAGCCCACCAGCGGUGUUUAUGGACAAGAUGGGAAAUGAAAAGCAAGGCCAGAUGAUAGUCUACCAUCUCAUUGACCUGCUGACACGUGGAUUUAGGUUGCCUGCUCCAGAUAAUUGUCCAAAGGAGAUCCACAAUGUCAUGAUGGAGUGCUGGAGCAAAGACCCGAGCCGACGGCCGACCUUCAAGACGUUAAUCCAGAGUGUGGAGACUGUACAAGAUGGCCUCAAGGAUGGAUGAUCCCUGAACCCUGCAUGAGUCUUUCACUUUCACAAUGAAGUGCCUGGUUUUACUGCAGUGAUUCGGAUGGUGACGCUCACUUUCUCAACAGUUUACCUUCGUCUUUCUACAGCUACGUGAAGUAUACAAAUUAAAUGAACAAAGCAUACACUACAUCCACCUCCGACAUCAAGUAAAAUAUCGUUUCUGAUGGCUUCAAGAACAUUUUACUGUGGGAUAAAUUAUUUUAUUUGUUCAUGUUGUGUUUUACAAAUUCAGAAAUAGGCAUUGACUUUUGUUCAACUGUGCUGAGUGUUAAAAAGCAGCAACUACUCGGUGCUUUUAUUGUUGCAAAGUGAGCAGAAAGUUGCUUUUUAUCACCAAAGAGGCCACGGGAUUGAGGUGCCUUUGUUUCUCUGCAGCAUCUUGCUGUUACAAGCUGUGGUUUUACUUAAAAAUUUCUUUGAUUUGUGUUCAUGUCAUUAUUUUUCCAGCCAUUUAAAGUUGUUGAACAGUCUGUGAAUGUGUCGACGUGCAUCGCAUUAUCCACCACAAGUGUAUCUGUGGUCACAAGGGAAUUGUUCUUUUUUUUCCUUUAGAUUUUGAAUGUUUAAGACUUUAUGUAGCAGAUGUUAAUGACUGAAGGAGCUGGUUGGUCAUUAUUUGAGUUGAGGCUGGUGGGAAGAGACAGAAUGCAGUUUGUGCUAUAGCGUCUUUCUUUUUUCUUUUUUUUUCAAAUGUGAUUCAAAAAAACUCUCCAAGGUUGUUUUCUGCCAUUAAAAACGAUGCCAAGGAUACCUUCUCACAUCAUUAGCAUUGAGUCACUGUAAAGAGCAAAGUGUUGUGUUUGCCUGUUUGCCCACUAUGGACACUAUUUCUACUGAUCUGGCCAUCAGGAAUAUUUCUUUCAGGAAAAGUCUGUGGAGAAUUAAACUUUUUGAGUUUGCUUUGA